GUUUUGGACUCCGCCUGAGAUCGGCGCAGGACGCCCGCAGGACGAAAAACGAAGCACAACGCAGCGUCAGGCAGAUAAACUAUAGCCUGGUGCGGCCGCGCGCGACACCUCGCGCGCCGCGCCGGCGCGCGCGCGGCGGAGCGCAGAGCCCGCGCCGAACCGCCGCGCCCGGACGUAAUCACGGCAAGACUCACGACCCGCUCGCACGGGAGAAAGUACACGAGCAGGUUCGCGACGAGCAGCAGGCGCAGCAGGGGCACCGGCGCCGCGCCCCCGAGGCCCAGGUGCAGCAGCAACGUGGCGAAAAUCUUCAAAAGGAGUCUGGGGGGCGCGACCGACACUGACUGGACACACUACGAGUGGAGCAGCUUCUUCAGGAGCAGCCUCGCCAAGGGCAAGCGCCUGCACACCGAGCGCCUCCAGCACACGAUCUGCAGCAUCGUGGCAGCCGCCAGGAGCAAGCACAGCAAACUCACGCCCACCAGCCUCCGCCCGAUCUUGCCAAAGAGCGCCGUGGGAAUGCUCGGGAGGAACAUGUCCAGCAGGUGCAUCAUGAUCAGCACGAUUAAUUUCAUGCUUGUCAUCCUGCGCCAGCGCUUGCGCACCCUCCGUGUCCACAGAAGCACUGGGGAGGGGCACGCCAGCCGCGUCAGUCACCUGCACCCGCGCCUGCGCACCCUCAGUGCCCACCGGUGCUCCAGGGGCGGGCACCCCAGCCGCGCCGGCCGCGCCAGCAUCAGCAGGCACGAAGUGAGGAGCAUCGGCACGAAGCUGGCCACCAUCACGACGAAGGAGCAAACCGACCUCGCACGAGAAGUCGAAGCACCCCGGCCGCGAGAGGUGGCGCAACACGCUGAAUGCGACGUCGACGUUGGCCACCUUCUUCGCCACUGCAUUGGUCAGCAAGCCGCGGUGGCGAGCCAACCGCACACCUUGCUGAAGCCCCUAGAGAUGGAGCCCCUGCGCAUCCAGGAGCUGCCGAACGAGGUCGCCAUGCAGGGCCACCAGCAGCCCAGCCAUGCCGACGGGGCCGCGCGGGGCCCCCAGAAUACUUUACAGCACGCGCCGUAGCUUGAGCCAGAA